AUGCUGGCUGCGUUUGAUGAAUUUGAGGCAGAACCUCUCCAUAUAAUUUUUCGGCGAUUCGUUGAGCAAGUUGAGGCGCAGAUCCCAGCAAACACCCCCACGCCCGCCUGGAUACGCUUCAACGUACGCCGGGAAGGUCCGAUGCGCAUACUUCACUUCGUCUGGCGCAUGGCGAAUCCCGCCGCGACCAUUGGAGAGCAAGCAUGGGUACGGCUAUUGCGACAAGCCGCGGUGCCGGAUCGUGCUGAUGGUCGAUAUGGGCGGCGCACCCUCGUCUGGGCACGCGGAUCAUUCGAGGUC